AUGGAGAAAGAUGAAUACCAGCUACCCAACUCUCAUGGGAAGAACACUUUCUUGUCGCGAAUAUUUGGUUUACAAUCGGAUGAAGUUAAUCCUUCUCUUAACAGCCAGGAGAUGAGCAACUUCCCUUUACCAGACAUAGAGAGAGGCUCUUCUUUAUUGCAUUCUUCUAACGAGAGUCACGAAGAUAGGGAUGAGAAUGAUUUACGUGUUCCUGAGUCUGACCAGGGCACUAGCACAGAAGAAGACGAUGAAGAAGAUGAGGAGCAGGUCCAAGCGUAUGAUCCACAAACUGGUGAUGGGUUAGAUGGAUAUCACCGGUCAAAUUCUGUAAAGGGCGAUGAAAACGUACUUGGAACGGAAAAGAGCGGUUUAGAAAGGCUGGUUGAGGGCUCUACCGAUGAUUCUGUGCCCAAGGUCGGACAGCUUUCGUCAGACGAAGAAGAUAAUGAGUUCAUAAAUAAUGAUGGAUUUGAAGAUGAUACGCCCCUUUUUCAAAAGGGGAACAUGCAAGAAUUUGGUUCUAAGAAGAGCAAUACUAUAGAAGAUGGUAAACGCCCUUUGUUUUUCAGGCAUAUUUUACAGAAUAACCAUCCUCAACGAAAUACCGAAAAGCUAUUUACCUCGUCAAAGGCCACUCACUACGAUAAGGAUAAGAAUUCAAAUAGUGAUCCUCGUAACACUAACGGGAAUAGAAAUCAUAGCACCAAAUAUUUUGGUGGUGCCUCACAAUCUCGGUUUACUGGUCCGUCGUCGAACCAUACAAAUAGGUUCACGAACUUGUUCCCGCUAAGAAAACCGAAUUUACUAAGCAAUAUAUCUGUUUUAAAUAAUACCCCGGAAGACAGAAUCAAUACCUUGAGUGUAAAAGAGCGGGCUCUUUGGAAGUGGGCAAAUGUAGAAAACCUCGACAUAUUUCUGCAGGAUGUUUACAAUUAUUAUCUAGGAAAUGGGUUCUAUUGCAUCAUACUGGAAAAAAUAUUAAACAUUGGCACUUUGCUUUUUGUUGUCUUUGUUUCUACAUACAUGGGUCAUUGUGUUGAUUACUCCAGAUUACCGACUAGUCAUCAGGUUUCGGAUAUUAUUAUCGAAAAGUGUUAUUCUAAUAAUAUAACUGGAUUUACAAAGUUUUUCCUAUGGAUGUUCUAUUUUUUUGUAAUUCUCAAAAUUGUCCAGCUUUACUUUGAUGUUCAAAAAUUAUCGGAAUUGCAGAACUUUUACAAGUACCUUUUAAAUAUAUCAGAUGACGAACUUCAAACUUUGCCCUGGCAAAACGUAAUACAGCAGCUAAUGUAUUUAAAGGAUCAAAAUGCAAUGACGGCAAAUGUUGUCGAAGUUAAAGCCAAGAAUAGAAUCGAUGCGCAUGAUGUUGCCAAUAGGAUCAUGAGAAGAGAAAACUAUCUCAUAGCACUUUACAACAGCGAUAUUCUGAAUUUGUCUCUUCCUAUGCCAUUAUUUAGAACCAACGUUUUGACUAAAACAUUAGAAUGGAAUAUUAAUUUAUGCGUCAUAGGUUUUGUGUUCAAUGAAUCCGGAUUUAUUAAACAAAGUAUUUUAAAGCCUUCUCAAAGGGAAUUCACGCGAGAAGAGUUACAAAAAAGGUUUAUGCUAGCAGGAUUUCUUAAUAUUAUAUUGGCACCAUUCUUGGUUACUUACUUUGUUUUGCUUUAUUUUUUUAGAUAUUUUAAUGAGUAUAAGACGUCCCCUGGGUCUAUUGGCGCUCGCCAAUACACGCCAAUUGCAGAAUGGAAAUUCCGUGAGUACAAUGAGCUUUACCACAUUUUUAAGAAGAGAAUAAGCUUGAGUACGACCUUGGCUAACAAAUAUGUUGAUCAAUUCCCAAAGGAAAAAACUAAUUUGUUUUUGAAAUUUGUUUCCUUUAUUAGUGGAUCAUUCGUGGCUAUUUUGGCCUUUCUCACUGUAUUCGAUCCAGAAAACUUUUUGAACUUCGAAAUCACCUCAGACAGAUCUGUCAUUUUCUACAUUACUAUUCUGGGUGCUAUAUGGUCCGUUAGUAGAAAUACAAUAACUCAAGAGUACCAUGUUUUUGACCCCGAAGAGACGCUUAAGGAGCUGUAUGAAUAUACACACUACCUACCAAAAGAAUGGGAAGGAAGAUAUCACAAAGAGGAGAUCAAACUAGAGUUCUGUAAAUUGUACAACUUGCGAAUAGUAAUACUUUUGCGGGAGCUCACUAGUUUAAUGAUAACGCCGUUUGUACUUUGGUUUUCACUGCCUUCUUCGGCUGGUAGGAUUGUUGAUUUCUUUAGAGAAAAUUCUGAAUAUGUGGAUGGAUUGGGUUACGUUUGCAAGUACGCUAUGUUUAACAUGAAAAACAUAGAAGGCAAAGAUACCCGCAGCAUUGAAGAAGAUGGUUUGACGAGGAAAACGACUGUGAACGGAAGUCAUACACUUGACAGUAAACAAAGGAGGAAGUUUACCGCCGAAGACCAUGGGGAUAAGGAUUUGGCAAAUAACAAAAUGUUACAAUCAUAUGUGUAUUUCAUGGAUGACUAUUCCAACAGUGAAAACUUGACAGGGAAGUACCAAUUGCCUGCAAAAAGAGGUUACCAAAAUAAUGAAGGCGAUUCAUUUCUCAAUAAUAAGUACUCUUGGAGAAAGCAAUUUCAACCAGGCCAAAAGCCAGAGCUAUUUAGAAUAGGUAAGCAUGCCCUCGGCCCUAGCCACAACAUUUCACCUGUUAUAUAUUCUACAAGGAAACCCGUCAAAAGUUGGGAUGAUAAUAAUAACGGUGAUAAUAUCGACAGUGAGACUAAUAAUGGUGACCAUAACGGUAAUAAUGAUCACGAAUAUGAACUUACAGAAUCUUUCUUGGAUUCGGGCGCACUUCCUAAUUAUGAUGGGAUAAACCACAACAGAAUGUUAAACUCGCGUUAUAACGGUAAUGGCACACUUAAUAAUGGUGGUGUCUUGGGAUUUGUUAAAGAGUAUUACAAAAAGUCUGACGUUGGAAGAUAA